CUGCAUAAUGAUUCAUUAAAAGUUUUUUCCACUUCAAUAAAUAUUAUUCAUUCUUCCACAUAUAAUCGUUUAUUGUAAUGUUCUGCCUCAUGCCAAUAUUAUUAAACUCUGUCAAUUGGAGAUCCAUAACUCAUACUAGAAAAUUUGAAAUAUUUAAUAUUGAAUUCUACAACUUAAUCAAGUUAGUCGUAGCCAAGCUUCCCAAUAAAGUUGCUAAUAUAUUUGCAUAACUGAUUACGAGGUUACCACAAACUGACGCACAUUACUUCUAAUUAUAAACAGGCUCUGACUUCGUGUCGAGUAUCAAUUGCAAAAUAGAUUCUGAACGGUCAAAGUGUCAGUUUUUUCUAAUCAACGCUUCAAUCGGGUGUAGGUGUCGGUACACAGCGCAGCAAUGUACGCAAAAUUGUUAGUAAAAUUCACACUGCCAUUAAUGUUACUUCUAAUUGCUUUAUUGCGAGUUUCCUUUACAUAUGCACAAGUGCCUGAAGGAUAUGUAAAGAGAAUACACCGCAAUGGGCGAUACACGCCGGAAGACAUUGACAAUACUCAAGGCAAAUACAAGCCUGACUUUAGAGGCAAAUAUCAUCAUAUACACAUACCUUACAAUGGUGGUUAUGGCGAUCGUGGACUAAAAUACGUUCAUGCUGACGGUUACGACCUAAGUGAGAAUCCCUCUGGUUUAGUGCUUGGUCCAAACGAUCAUUUACGUUUUUCAAUUGAUUUUAAUUACAACGGUACUGGCUGGCAAGUGAUUGAAUUUGAAUGGGUGCGUGAUGGUGAUGAAGACGUGAACUAUAAUUACUUGAGUGAGAAUCAGUUGUGGUCAGUUAAUGAAGGUAAGGGACAGUAUGGAAGUGAUAACGAUCCCAGUUCACAGGACAAGAAGUCUAAAGUUCUCGAUAGAGUAUUAGAAGAUGCAAAUGCAAAACUACAAGUUAAUGGAGAGUUUGAUAAAAAUAUAUAUAAUGUGACUUACUUAGAUGAGAAUGGCCAGGAGUUGGAGAAUGUAACCGAAGUUAAGUUUGCAAUAAAGGAUGUUUUGGAUUACAUACAAACCUACAUACUUCCAUCGUUGUAGUGAUAACUGAGUGCUAGUGCGUACAUAUUUCAAUAUAUUUAAUUAUAAAAACUUAAAAUUAAUUUA